CUGCCAUUGGAAGAAACUUAAAUUGAGAGUCUCGAGGCUAUUGCUUCCCUUAUGACCCUCAAUAUCCCCACCAUUAUCGCUGUGUCAGAUCACCAACACCUCUUAUCAGCCUACGGCGGGGGCUGUGAUAUUACACCACCUGUUGUCCUCAAUGGCGCCAGAAAAUCCCAACUUGUCAUGCACUUUCAUGUGCAUGGGGGGUGCAAAUAUACGCAUUUCCAAUCCAUUCCCCAAUACAACCAUGUGUCCUUGAUCAGCAGACUUAAACCCCUAUCACUCGUGUGCAUUGGGGUGCAUAAACGUUCCCAAUACCCCCAUCAUAUAUCUCAGUUGUCACGAGCAUUCUCUCCAACUGAAUUUCCUCGCCCCCCUCUUUCUCCUCCCAGCUCAGAGAGAGAGAGAGAGAGAGAGAGAGAGAGAGAGAGACAGAGGGCUUUUCAUGAAGCAUAUGCAGUCUGAGGCAGUUGGUCAUGAUGGAGAGCGGAUGGAAACCAAAAGUUGAUCAGAUAUCUCCAAAUUGUCCACGGUGUGGUUCUUGCAACACAAAAUUUUGCUACUACAACAACUACAGCUUGACACAACCAAGGUACUUUUGCAAGGGCUGUAGAAGGUAUUGGACUAAAGGUGGAUCCCUCAGGAAUGUACCCGUCGGUGGUGGCUGCCGGAAAAACAGAAGGGGGAAAUCCUUAAGGUUAUCCAGUACUGAUGGUGUCCAGUCAGGAAGUUUGUCUAAUGGGAAUCUCCCAAAUGGUCCAUUAAUGGGGAAUUCCUUAUUGGUUGAGUCCACUAGCUCGUCACUGAUGAACGAUGGUUCACAUAUUGACCUUGCACUUGUUUAUGCAAAAUUUUUAAAUCAAAAGCCGGAUUCCAAGACAGGGUUUGAAUUGCCGGAAUUUCCUAGUGAUUUCGAUUCAAGAUUGGAGUCUUUGAGUAUAUCAAACACUAAUAUGAGCUCGGGCACUCAAUUAGUGGAAGAAAAUGGUUUCUUUGAAUGCCAGCUUACUCUUUCUCAUGAACUUUCUGUGGAAAGUUUUCCAAGUGCCAAUGGCCAGAUCUACUUUUGUGGAUCAGCCUCCUCUACUCAGAAGCAUGAUCAAGCCGAUAGAACUGAACAAUCUAUGAAGUAUGACACAAGCAAUUAUGGGUUGCCACCAUUGCCAGGCGAAGACAUAAUAGCCUCUAAUCAAGAAGUAGUGUGGUCGAGUUCUCAAAUGAUGUUGAAUCAUAACUUUCAAGCAGUACAGCUGCCAGGGCAGCUCGGACCCGAAGCACAAGAUCCAAAUCCAAUGAUUUCUAAUUGGAUGAUCAGCCCGUUCGAUUUGUCAAGUAGUGAUCAAGCAACUUUCUCGAGGAUAUGAGGAGUUAAUAUGAUUUUCAUCGUUA